CUAUGGGACCUAUGGGACCCUUGCAGUAAUUUAAGAUUCUUUGGGGGCUUUCUGCCCUGGAGAAUAGGGCUUAACAGUGGUUUGUUAUCAUAGUUUUCCUCAGCAAAUGUAAAGUUUAACUGAUUGGUGGUGAGAACUAUGUGCUUGGACAGAAUGCCAAUUUAUUUUAAGCUUUUUGUUUAUUUGCACUGCUAAUUUCAGUGACAGGUUUUAACGACCAUUUUACAAAAACUUCCAGGUAUUUUAUAUUUUUGUUUUGUCUUACCUGUUUCUUCUGUUGUCUCAUGAAAUAUUUUGUCAAUGAAUAACUGUUCUAGUAUUGUAUUAAUUUUUUUUUUCAUUAAAAUUCCUUUUUGGGUUUGUUGGUGCUGUUUUGCACUAGGGAGCACCUGCUGUAAACUUCACUCUUUGAGUUUCUCUUUGUUUAAAGAUUCAUGUAAGCUUGUAUGUGCCUCUUUAGGGAUUAAAUUCCAGUCCUGUUACAGGUGCCAGCUGUUACUGUGACCCUUAGAGCUGUGAUUUAAAGGGCUUUGCAGAAUAAGGUGAGAAAGGGGAAAAAAACUUCCAGUCUCUUGGUAGAAGAGAUGUGAUGAAUGUUUCAGCACAGAUAUAUGUGGCUAUGGUUAGACCAAAUAUAAACCAAAAUACAGAAGACAGUUCUCAUGCUGUUCUUAAUACUAACUAUAUUAUUUGUGCAUUUUUGACACAGAGGUUUUCUUGGAGCCACAUAAUCUUUUGAGAAUUCAGAGGUGCAGGGAAUAAAAGAUCUGUUAUUGACUGAAGCACAACCAAGAUUUUGCCCGUGUUUUUUUGCUUUUAAAUCUGUCAGGGCCUCAGCUUUGAUUAACUAACAAACCCAGUUGGUCUAUUGAACUGGGUCAGUUGUUAGUCCAGACUAGCAGCCUGUCUCUUCCUGCUUCCAUGUGUGUGGCUGUAACUCAGAGCUCCAAGCCAGGGAAAGCUGGCACUGCUGUGGGAGGAACAGCCCUGCUGUCCCCCAGCCUACCUGUGCCUGUUCCCAUCUUACAGCAACAGAAUGACACGGAGCAUGUGGUCACAAAAACUUCUGGCUGAUGAUUUUACUGGAGAACAGAAAAAAUAACCGUGCUCAUUCUCCUAAAAUGAGAAUAUUUAUCAAAACUGUUGUGAUCUGGGAGGAAAAAUUGUCUUCGUUAUGAAUUACUUGUAAUUUCUUUGAUUUAAAGAGAAACUUCUUUUGUUCUCAGCUGUAAGGGGCUAAGCCUCAAAGUUACAAUGAGAUGAUGCCAGGAACUGGCAUGCUGAUGGAGACAGAAGAACGAAAGGACACAUUCAGCUGAGCAGAGACUGGGAAUUUGAAUGGACCAGGAACAAGUGUCAGAUGUGUGAGCUUACUCAGCUGAUAGCAGAGAGUAUUAACAAGGAACACAGUGAGCAGAAGGGAAUGUAAGUAUAGUGGUUGUAUGUGCUGCCUGCAGGGUGUCUGAGUGUGGCAGAAGCUGUUAAAUCAAGGGAUCCAGCAUUGGGGAAGGGAUGCCUGAGAGAUGAGAGAAAUUACACAAAGAGCAUUGAAGAUGAGGCCCAGAUUACUAUUGCCCAGGAAAAAAAGAAAAGGAGUAAGUAGAUGAAAGGAUUUAGUAGAGCUGUUGACAUAAAGAGAUGGGAUAGGAAGAUAAUCAUGGCAAGCUAUGUUUUUAUAGAGAUAUAUGGGAUGAUCGGAGUGUUACAGAAGUUGGGACAGCUUAGAAACUGUGUAGAGAGCAGUCUGGGGAACAGAACAGCAUCUCCGCGCACAGGGCAAAAGGCUGGGAAGAGCAAAAGCUGCCCUUUUGGUGCCUCUGCAAGUGGGAGCUGUGGAAUGGAGGAGGAGCUUCGCCGAGCUGAGAAGGAGACAGAUGCAAGCGCUGGGCCACCUGAGCCUGGGAAAAGUAAAAAGGGGUCUCUAAUCCCUGAAUCUAGAAGUUAAUCCAGAGGACCUGUUCUAUUAAAAAACCUUCCAAUAUGAAAGAAUAACAGUUUUACAAAGAGAUUCACUGUGAGCAGCUCAAAAGGAAGAAUAAGGAUGCAGAGGAUCGUCUGGAGUUGUGCCUCCAUCAGUGUGUUGAGAUGGAAAGGUGUGAAAGUAAAGAGCUGGAUGUUGAAAUAAGGAACCUGAUAGGGAAGAGUAACACUUCCCAGUCGUGUGAGGACCCCAAACCUAUUGCACAAGGGAGUCCAAACCCUCAGAGAACUUCGUGUUCCCUUAAGGUCCACAGUGAGACAGCCACUCAAGGCCAUCUUGGAUGCACAUGGGCAGAUGGGAGUGACAUGGAAGCCCCAGCAGACCCACUGGAAUCAAGGCACACGUUACUGACCAAAAAGAAGACUUCAUCACCCAGUUCUCUGGAACAACAUAUCCUUUCACUGGAAAGACAGAGACGAGAGCUUCUGGAGGUGAACAAGCAAUGGGAUCAUCAAUUUAGAAACAUGAAACAGCUCUAUGAAAAACAGCUGGCAGAGAUGAAAGCAAGGCUGGACGCGUCGGAGAGGAGAGUGAGCAAGCUGGAGCAGGAGAGACAUCAGCAGCAGCCAGAGGAUGAGAGGCUGGGAGUGCUGGGCAGGGAGAAGCUGUGGCAGGAAAAGAAAGAAACAAAAGUCCUCAGUGAAGCCCUCCACGAGAUGAGGGAGGAGAACAAGCUGCUGAAGCAGAAGAACGCCUCCAUGGCUAGAAAGAAAGAGCACUAUGAGGGGGAAAUAAGCCGUCUCAAUAAGGCCCUUCUGGAUGUGUUGAAAAAGCAGCACUCGCCUGUCCUUGGGACUCCCUCGGGGAGGGGUGACAGGAACAGCAUUGAGGAGAUGAGAACCCAACUUGAAGUGCUGAGACAGCAGGUACAAAUAUAUGAGGAAGACUUCAGAAAGGAGAGGUCUGACCGAGAAAGACUCAACGAGGAGAAAGAAGCACUGCAGAAAGCUAACGAGAGAUUGCAGUCUCAACUGAAUAAACUCAGUGCUCAGACAAAAGACCUCCCAGUACAGCCUGAGAGGCCCAGUUACCCACCUCCACUCUUCCUCUCACCCUGUGUGAAUUAUGGGAGGUGUGGAAUGGUUCUUCACUAUGCAGAUCCUCGAGUACAACCAGGGCCUUGCAGGGCACAUGAACAGCAGCAGCACUUGCCAGACUAUCAGUGGUAUGUUCCUGACCAGCUUCCGCCAGAUGUGCAGCACAAGGCAGAUGAUUCAUCCCCGGAGAAGGGAGCCCAGCGCUGACAGCCCGAGAUCCGGAGAAGUGUAAACCAGAGGCUGCAAGCAAGUCUUGCAACUUCAUUAUUCUGUUUUCUUCUGGGGUUUUUUUUUGCCCUCAGCUCCUUAUCUCUUCAGUGCAUGUGAUUUAUGUGUGGUGAAAUCCCUGCAAGGACAAUAGAAAAGCAGAUCAUCCAGGCUGGUGAUCCUCAGGAUCCAGUUAAACUCUGCUGGGAAGCGUUACUGCCCUUUGUUCUGAAGAUGCUGUUUGUGCUGCCUAUGAGAAUCUGUUAAAGAGCCUUAUGAGAAAAGAUGCAGCCCUUGCUGGGGAUUCAGACUGUCACAUCUGUUUUGAAUCCGAGAGCUUAUAAACCCAAUAGUGUUGUGAUUUUUGUUGUUGUUGUUUGAGAAUUAUAGAGAGGGCUUGAUUCCAGGGAAUGAUUUGUUGAUAUAUCACCUCGAACUCUGACAUCUUUUUCUUGGUUGGUAAAAAGGAAAUCUGCUUCACUGUUUGAACACAUUUGUGUAACUGUAAACAGGGUACCGGUGAUGCCAGGCUGAGUAAAAGGUGCCCCUUUCUGAGUCCAGGUCAGCUCUCAUUUUGUUUUGGCUCUAGAAUUACAUGGAGAAAAGUAACCACAGGCUUUUUUCUGUGUGCACUUAUUUGUAUCAGAAGAAUUUUAGUAGAAAUAUUUAAUGGAUUUAAUUUCUCAGUGAAUAUGGCUUUAUAUUUCCAAAUGAUUCUUGUAAUGAGUCUGAACAUCAUUGUGUACCCUCUAACCCAAGAAUAAAACGUGGCUUUUUAAGUGAAA